AUGGGGACCUCGACUUUCUCUCAAUACACCGUCGUAGCCGACAUCUCCGUCGUUGCUGUUCAACAAGAUGCUCCUAUGGACCGGACUUGCCUGCUAGGCUGCGGUAUCACUACCGGUUACGGUGCUGCGAGAAUCACGGCAAACGUUGAAGAGGGUUCAAACAUCGCGGUAUUCGGAGCUGGUUGCGUCGGUCUUUCGGUUGUCCAGGGUGCUGUCGCCCAGAAGGCGGGUAAAAUUAUCGUCGUUGAUGUGAACCCAUCCAAGGAAGAAUGGGCUAAGAAGUUCGGAGCUACCGACUUUGUUAACCCUACCAAGUUGGAUGGACAAACGAUUCAAGAUAAGCUCAUCGAGAUGACCGAUGGUGGUUGCGACUACACCUUUGACUGUACCGGCAACGUUGGCGUGAUGCGAGCAGCAUUAGAAGCUUGCCAUAAGGGUUGGGGUCAGAGUAUCAUCAUCGGCGUCGCUGCUGCCGGUCAAGAGAUUUCAACUCGACCAUUCCAGCUAGUCACCGGUCGUGUAUGGAAAGGUUGCGCUUUUGGCGGUGUCAAGGGCCGAUCUCAACUUCCCGGCCUUGUCAGUGAUUAUCUAGGAGGUAAGCUAAAGGUGGAUGAGUUUAUCACUCACCGCGAAGAUUUAGACCACAUUAACACCGCGUUUGAGACGAUGAAGGCGGGCGACUGCAUUCGUUGCGUCGUGACCAUGAAGGAAUAA